CAUUACAUAAUUAUCAUUUUCUUGAUUGUAAUAAAUGGACAAAAGAAGAAAUUAAUGCUUUUACAAAAGCUAUACAAACAUCAGAAAAAAAUUUUGAACUUGUUAGUCGAGCAGUUGGAACAAAGAGUGUAAAACAAUGUAUUGAAUUUCAUUAUAUGCCAAAAAUUAGUAUAACUGCUCGAAAAAUAGUAUCAACAAGAACAAGUUCUGUUAUGACUAGACGAAAACGAUUUCAAAUGACGAAAGCACAACAACAACAAUUGGAUGAUGAAAUCUCAUCAUCAUCAUCAUUUAGUGAAUUUCGUUUUGAUGAUGAUGGUGGUUCAACAGUGAAUAGUGAUAGUUCUCCUGCUACUCAAUUUUCCUGUGAUAUUGAUGAAUGUUUACAAACAUUUACAACUGAACGAGCAUGUCGUGCUCAUCGUAAAAAUCAUCGUCGAACUAAUAAUAACAUGACAUCAUUGACAGUUACAAAACGAAGUCGAAAUAUUGAUUGA